ACAGCAGCUACACUGUUGCAGAGCCUGCUGGAGAGACGAUCUCUUUUUGGUCCUCGGCGGGCUCUGUAGCACGCAGUUCAACAACGUGCGAGCAGAAAAGUGUGAGGACUUUUGAUUUGAACAGCUACAUCUGGUGCUAACAGCGACUCAACAUUAAUCAUGGCAGAAAAUGAAGAGAUGUCUCCACUUGAGAUUAAAGUGGCACGACAAAUAGAGUACUACUUUGGGGAUCACAAUCUUCCGAGAGACAAGUUUCUCAAAGAACAACUGCAACUUGAUGAUGGCUGGGUGACUUUGGAGACAAUGCUUAAAUUCAACAGACUGAAGUCUUUAACUGAAGAAUGCAGCGUCAUCGUUGCAGCUCUCCAGAAAUCAAAGACUGGCCUCUUAGAACUCAGCGAAGACAAGACUAAAGUCAGGAGGUCUCCAGAAAAACCCUUACCCGAACUGAAUGACGAAUACAAAGACGCUGUUAAACACAAAUCUGUGUACAUUAAAGGUUUUCCUCUCGAAACUACCCUUGAUGAGAUUCAGGAGUGGCUGAAUGGUAAAGGUGCCAUAGAAAACAUUCAGAUGAGGAGAAACCUGCAAAGGCAGUUCAAGGGAUCAGUGUUUAUCUGUUUUGACACAGAAGAGUCAUCUAAG